CUUGCCGCCUCGUUGAGGACGAGGAGGCGGCAGGAGCAGUGACGGUGUCGCCGAAGAGCCGGACUGCCGGUACGCAGAGCUGACCGGCCUGGCCCCCGCGGCCCUCUCCCGCCUCUCUCCCAUUGUGUUGGAAUCCUAAAAAGAAAGAAUAUAGCAACAACAAGAAAAAGACUAAGAUUGUGACAAAGACCCAACUGGGUAGGUUUACAUUUUAUUCUCAACUAGGUUCUCUUGGUUAUAAACUCUUCUCCAUCUGGUGCUUCAACAAUGAGUGGGAAAUCCCUUCUCUUAAAGGUCAUUCUCUUGGGUGAUGGUGGAGUUGGAAAAAGCUCACUCAUGAACCGUUAUGUAACCAAUAAAUUUGACUCCCAGGCUUUUCACACCAUAGGGGUAGAGUUCUUAAAUCGAGAUCUGGAGGUAGAUGGACGUUUUGUAACUCUCCAGAUCUGGGACACUGCAGGGCAGGAACGCUUCAAGAGCCUUAGGACACCCUUCUACAGGGGAGCAGACUGCUGCCUCUUGACUUUCAGUGUGGAUGACCGGCAGAGCUUUGAGAAUCUUGGUAAUUGGCAGAAAGAAUUCAUCUACUACGCAGAUGUGAAAGACCCUGAGCACUUCCCCUUUGUAGUUCUGGGUAACAAAGUAGACAAAGAGGAUAGGCAAGUGACUACUGAGGAGGCACAGGCCUGGUGCAUGGAGAAUGGAGAUUACCCUUAUCUAGAAACAAGUGCCAAAGAUGAUACUAAUGUGACAGUGGCCUUUGAAGAAGCUGUCAGGCAGGUGUUAGCUGUAGAGGAACAGCUGGAGCAUUGCAUGUUAGGUCACACUAUUGACUUGAACAGUGGUUCCAAAGCAGGAUCUUCAUGCUGUUAAAAGUGGGAAGCCUUUAAAAGUGUGCCCCAGCUGGUCAGUCAGUAGUGUAAGAAUAAUUUUGCCCCUCUAAGACUGCACACACAUACAAAAGGGUAAGAGAUAAGGUUAUGAUUGUAAAUCAGAGCCUUUCAAAUUGAAGUUGUAGAGCGAUUUUUUAAAAAAAAAAGCUUUAUUAAGCCAAGUGUAUUUUGCGUGAUUUCUGCUAUUUCCUUCUUGUGUGUUUCAGGACAUUUCAGAAAGGUUUAGUUCUGAAAGAUUUAGAUAUUUUUCAAAUCACAGUUUAAACUUAGAACCCAGACGCAUGAAGGAGUUAAAGAGCUACAGCUAUUCCUUAAAGCAUUCCAUUAAUCAACUAACAAAUGUCACCAUCAACUCUUGCCAGGCAGUUCCUGACAUGUCUGCCAAAGGGGAAAAAAAUAAGACUCUGAGUCGUAUUACAAUAAAGAUUAUAAUGCAAACUAGGAUGUCCUAAGCUUGAAUUAUAAAGAGGUUGUAAUGAUUAGGAAUGCAAAAGUAUAAUGAUGUACACUGCCUUGUUUAAAUCCUUAUGUAUGGUUUGCUCCCAUCUGAGCUUUUCAAAAACAUACCAUCUCAAUAAGAGAUACACUAAUGACACUGGAGAUUUAUUAUACUCCUUGUGUUUGAAGUAACAGGGUCCUAGUGAAUGGAUUGUGUUCAAAUAUGCCAACCACCCUUGCAAAUAAAAGGUUGGUCUGCUUUCACUUCAUAAGUCUACUUUUGCUGCACAGGGAUGUUGCUUCUCUGACAACCUCUUAUCAAUUUAGCAAUGCUGCUUAGUAUAUGGCUUUGGAUGCAGUGCACUCUGCUCAUAAUUUUGAUGGUCCUUUGGUCCACCAUACUGUGCUCUCAGAGAAUCCUUCAGAACCGGUUGGAGGAUACUGGACUUUUCUCAUAAGGUUCUGUAACUCGAAUAUUAAUUGUAGAAGAAGGAACUGAUUUCUUGUAUGCACUGUAUGUUGAGCUGGCCAAACUAGGACGUUGAAAGUAACAAGAGAACAUACUUUAACCCAGCAUUAGAAUGAACUUAUGAGAGUUGUCCAACAAUAGAAUGGACUGCCUUA